CGUACACACGCGGAGAGCGCUACAAAUCUCCGGCUGAACCAAACAAAAAGUAUCCAAUGAUUUUGUUACUAAUACCUUGAUAAAUGGAGAGCAGUAACAGUCUCAGGAUCCCCACAUGUGUCACGCGUCUGAAGGUAACCUGGUAAUGGGGCCGAAAAAUGUAUGGAAGUGAAUAGGACAUUUCCACGUCAAGAUAUACGGUGAAGGGGGGCCUGCUAUGAUGGCUCAAGAGUACUGCUGUGCCUCAGCAGAUGAGGGAGCAGAGAGCGGCCCACACGUCCCAUUCGUGCUGGAGAGAAGGGAGAAGGAGGAGGAAAACUGGAGGACAGCCGUUUCUCACCAACUGAAAAAGCAGUGCACAUGCAGCUCAGAGCGAGCCAAAGCCCAGGUUCUAGGGUUCGUCCCCAUCCUAAAAUGGCUGCCACGCUACCAGCUCAAAGACUGGAUCCUGGGUGAUGUCAUGUCAGGGUUGAUAGUGGGCAUCCUGCUGGUGCCCCAGUCCAUUGCCUAUUCUCUGCUGGCAGGCCAGGACCCUAUCUAUGGCCUCUACACCUCCUUCUUCUCCAGCAUCAUCUACACCCUGCUGGGCACCUCACGCCACAUAUCUGUGGGCAUCUUCGGGGUGCUGUGCCUGCUGGUGGGCCAGGUGGUGGACAGGGAGUUGGCACUGGCAGGGUACAUCACAGAGAGUAUCAGGAACAACGCUACCCUGGGACUGGGCAUGGGGAACAGCACCGGAGGGCCGGUCUGUGAUAGGAGCUGCUAUGCCAUCAUGGUGGGGACCACAGUCACAUUUACAGCAGGGGUCUACCAGGUGUUGAUGGGCCUCCUGCAGGUGGGCUUUGUAUCCGUGUACCUGUCAGACUCCCUCCUGAGCGGCUUCGCCACGGGGGCCUCUCUCACCAUCCUGACCUCCCAGGUCAAGUACCUCCUGGGACUGGAGCUGCCCCGCGCCCAGGGCUGGGGUUCCCUCGUCAAGACCUGGGUCAGCCUUUUCCAGAACCUGGGCCAGACCAACCUCUGUGACCUGGUCACCAGCAUGGUGUGCCUGGCAGUGCUGGUCCCCACCAAAGAACUCAACGACCGCUUCAAGGCCAAGCUCAAAGCCCCCAUCCCCUUCGAGCUGUUUGUUGUCAUCGCUGCCACUCUGGCCUCCCACUUCGGCCACUUCGAGCAGGAGUACGGCUCGAAAGUGGCCGGCGCCAUCCCCACGGGCUUCCUGCCCCCACAGCUCCCGUCCUGGUCUCUGAUCCCCAACGUGGCGGUAGAUGCCUUCUCCAUAGCCAUUGUGGGCUUUGCCAUCACCGUCUCCCUGUCUGAGAUGUUUGCCAAGAAGCACGGCUACGUGGUGGAUCCCAACCAGGAGAUGUACGCCAUAGGCUUCUGUAACAUCCUGCCCUCCUUCUUUCGCUGCUUCACCACCAGCGCUGCCCUGACCAAGACCCUGGUGAAGGAGUCUACAGGCUGCCAGACUCAGAUGUCUGGCCUGGUCACAGCCCUGGUGCUGCUGCUGGUGCUGCUGGUCAUUUCCCCCCUCUUCUACUCUCUGCAGAGGUGUGUGCUAGCAGUGAUCAUCUUGGUGAAUCUCCGGGGAGCAUUGCUUAAGUUCACAGACGUUCCGCGGAUGUGGCGUGUGAACCGCUUGGACACCGCCAUCUGGCUGGUGACCAUGGCAACCUCAGCGUUGAUAAACACCGAGCUAGGCCUGCUGGUGGGGGUUAUGGUCUCAGCCUUCUGUGUGUUGGGGCGCACCCAGAGAGCCCAGGCCUUGGAGCUGGGCCGGGCUGGCCAUCGGGAGCUUUAUCAGGACCUGGCCUCCUACAAUGGCCUGCAGUCCCAGCCUGGAGUGGCCAUCUUCCGCUACGAGGCGCCCAUCUACUACGCCAACCAGAGCCUGUUCAAGAAGGCCCUGUACCGCUGCCUGGGCCUGGAUCCCGUCAAGGAGAAGGCCCGGCGCAGGAAGCUGGAGAAACAUAGGAGAAAGCAAGAAGAAGUAGCCAUGAUGACAGGAGGGGAGGGCGGGACUAAGGGUAAAGAGAAAGAGUUGACCACCAAAGUCUUCCUACCAAAUCAAGUCAACUUCCACUCUGUGGUGAUAGACUGCAGCCCGGUGCUGUUCCUGGACACAGCAGGGGUCAAUGCGUUGAAGGAGGUGUAUAAGGAUUAUAAGGAGAAUGGGGUACAGGUGUUCCUGGCCCAGUGUAAUACCUCAGUACUGGAGUCACUGAACAGAGGUGGUUACUACCCAGAGAAGGGUAUGGGAGAAAAGGAAAGAGUGUUUUUCACCAUCAGCGAUGCCGUCCUCUAUGCACAGAGCCUCUCAUCUCAGAAUGGUGACUGUGACACGUCCUGUUAACAAGAGCUUUAAAGAUUGUACAGUGCCUUCGGAACGUAUUCAGACCCCUUAACUUUAACCACAUUUUGUUACAUUACAGCCUUAUUCUAAAAUGGAUUACAUAAAUACAAAUCCUCAGCAAUCUACACACAAUACAACAU